AUGGUAAGUUGGCAGGUUGUCGGCCAGGAUAAUGACCAUGGAUUCGGAUCAUCCCGCUCUUCAACCUAUUUUGUUACCAAAUUCACACACAGAGAUACUGGGUAUUUUGCAGCAGCCAGUGGAGAGAAAACUGGUGGAAAAUAUCAAGUGGACGCUGGUACAGUCAACUAA